GUCACGCGGCCCGCAGUGGUCGCUCGUAGCGGCUAUCAAAGUGGCGGUUCUAUGGACGUUUUAAUUAAUCUAUGACAAUGGAAGUUAGUGCUAUGCCUCCGAUGCCUUUGGACUUCUCCAUGGUGAGGAGCGGAUCUCCAGGCCUGAGGGAUGAAUCGCCGAAACCGGUUUCCAACAGCGCUUUCAGAGUCGUCACGCCGAAAGGUGUAACAGCGAGUGAGGCUCUACGGAAUGGCAUUUGCCACUCACUGUGGGGUGCACCGAGCAUGCGAACCGAUCUUAGAACAACUCCUCCACAGCAUCACGACGUGUAUUCUACUAGAGAUGAAAUCAAAUUUGGAAUAAAUCGUUUGGUCGGAGACAAAACUGACGAAGAAGACACAGAGUCACACAAUAACGAUACAACGCGGACUGAAGAUAUUUCUCCCACCUCUCAAUGUGGCAGCCCUUGUUGGGCUCCAAGUCCUCAAUCUCCUCGAUCAGUCAGAUCAACGUCACCUGAACUUGAAGUAGAUUCACCACCAUCAUCACCGCGACGACCACCAGAUUCCUCUCCGCCGUUAAAAAGAUCGGAAGCUUUUUCAGUUAGCGCAUUACUGAGACCUGAUGCACCGCGAACACAGCCCCACAGACCUUUUCUGUACCCUCCGUUACCGUUUGCCGAAUUCCUGAGAGAUGCAGGCAGCUUGGCUUUGCCAGGAUGGGGAGGUUAUAGUAAUCUUUAUCUACACGCAGUCCAAGCCGCGGGGCCCGAAUUCUUGAGACUAAGAGCAGCUGUUCUUGGCAACCCUAGUCCAUUAUCAAGACCAUUACCAAUUGGAGAUGUGUACUCCUGUGUUAAAUGUGAAAAAAUGUUUAGCACUCCUCAUGGAUUAGAAGUGCAUGCCAGAAGAUCACAUAAUGGAAAACGGCCGUUCGCAUGUGAACUUUGUAGCAAGACAUUUGGACAUGAAAUAAGUCUGAGCCAACAUAGGGCAGUGCACAGUGUAGAAAAGGUUUUCGAAUGCAAGCAAUGUGGGAAGACUUUCAAGCGGUCGAGCACGCUAUCCACCCAUCUGUUAAUCCACUCUGACACCCGGCCCUAUCCCUGCCAGUACUGCGGCAAGAGAUUUCAUCAGAAAUCCGACAUGAAGAAGCACACCUAUAUACAUACAGGUGAAAAACCGCACAAAUGUCAAGUAUGCGGCAAAGCCUUCAGCCAAAGUUCGAACUUGAUCACCCAUUCCCGAAAACAUACCGGCUUUAAGCCCUUCGCGUGUGAGUUGUGCGGAAGAGCCUUUCAACGAAAGGUGGACUUGCGGCGGCACCGGGAGACCCAGCAUGCAGAUAUGCGGGCGCAGCAUAUGCCAGCCCAUCCGGACGUGCAUGCGAUGCAUACAGAUAUGCAUUCUGUUGCCGAACACAGAAUGGAUCUCCGACCACCUCACCCUGAUCUUCGUCAGCCUGACUACAGGACCCUCAAUACUUCUGUUCCUUCACUACAACCGCUUCCAUCUUGAAGUUCAACAGCCUUCGCGCCCUGGCGCUAAGGCUUCUAAGAGAUUUUACUUACCAAAGACAAUUACUACGUCAUAGCUACGCGAUGUGAUUGGUGAUAUAUUAUGUUAUUGCUUAAUAUUAGUAGUAGAUAAUUAUACAUUAUGCUAAGAAAGCACUUAGAGUAUUAAACCAAACGUUGACGGGUUCAAAGGGCGAUUAUAUUUAUAAAAUAUAAAAAACCUAACUCAAUAUGUGUUUCUCACAUCAUAGAUUAUUUUGAUGUGUUAAUUAUUUUGUUAAUCAGUUCAUAUAGCUGGCUCUAGACUCAUUUAAGACUUAUUUUACAAUGCGUACAUAAUUCAACUGAUAUAUAAAAAACAAAACUAAAAACUAGAAUACUUCUUGCUAUCGUAUACGCUUAGGAAUUACAUAGCAUGUGUAAAGGCAUACUUAAUAUAUUCUACAGCAACAUACAUUUAAUAAGAAAACAGGUUUAUUUGCAUCUUUUUGGUCAAUCACUUACUAAUCCUAAUAUACUUACUAAUCACGAUUAUAUGAAUAAAAGUGUAUUAAACAUCAUUCAAAUAUCAUUUAAAAAAAAGUCUCUAUACACCCCAAUUUAAGUUAAUUUAUUUUAUUAAGUAAGAAUUGAUUAAUUUCUGUGCAGUAUUACCACUUCUCCUUUUUAUGGCAAUUAAAAAUUUUACCAUAAUAUAAUCCUAAACAUGCAUACCACAAUUUUAUUCUUCACGUCCAUUUGGUUACAUACUCUAAAUGUAACAGUAAUAAAAACUUAUAAUAAGUCAGAAAAGAAUAUUAUUACUAGGUUUAAACUAUAUCUAAAAGUCACUGUUCGUUCGUUUUCAUAGAAAAGAGUAAAUAAUUAUUGAAUAUUUAUUUAAAGGAACGGCACAGAACCGUUUUUUAUCAUCACUUAAUAACGCUAACUGUUAAAAAUAACAGUUAGCGUGGUUACAACAGUUAAACGAUACUCAAUUAUAAUAUAAGUAUAUAUUUUAACAUAAUAUAAUAAUUAUAUUUAUUGGUUUUGUUAACUUUGAUAAUUUUGUUUAUUAUUCAGCGUUGUAAAAUGCAAUCUAUGUAUAUAGUAAUUAAAUUAGUUAGUUAAAAAAAAAACCGGAUUGAAUUCAUUUAUCGAAAUGAAGAGUGGUAUUGCCAAUCUCUUGUAUUCGCUCGCACUUAGGGGGAAGUAUGCUUUCCAUUUAACGGUGUUUGUUUUAAUUAAAAAAAUCGAUCUUUUUUAAAUAGUUAUAUUAUUAUCAAUGGGUUACCAAUUUAAUAAUAAUUUAAGCUUUUGACGUACAUCUGAUCUCUUAUAUCUAAGUGUAAGUAGACGUAUAUAUAGUCUAUUUCAAAUAACUGCACAUAGGAAAUGAGGUACCCACUAAUAUUAUAAUAUUAUAUUUUUAUAUAUUUAAAUAACAUUGGGUAUUUUAUAUUAUUCCAAAGACAAAACAAAAUGAAAAAUGCUUGGACUGAACAAUUCAUUCCAAAAAAAAUAUUCCAUACGUGCCAUUCCACUGUAUUACAAUGAAUAAGUAAGUAUUAUGCUUAAUCACGGGCUAGUAAAAAAAUAAGGACUCCGUGUCGUCUUACAUAAUAGUGUAACACCGAAACAAGCAGAUAAAUCGUGUAAAUACAUAGCUCCACGCUACUACAGGCCCAUAUGCGGCCAUUAUGUCGUCGUCUGUGAACGAUCAGUUUGCGUCUCAAUAAAAUAUUUUAAAAAUGCCGUCGUGCGUUGUGAAAAAGUGUAAAAACGAUAUUAUAUAAGUAUUUAUGGCCAUAUAUGAUUAUUUAAGGGAGAAAAAAUUGUGUAACUGGUAUACCCCGUAACCGCACACACACUAGCAUAAAGGUGCCUCACUUGCUAAUAUCACGGCGCGGAGUCCUUCUUAUAUUAUUGGUAUGACUACUUAUAAAAAAAUUAAAAAACGUACGCAUUGCAUUAGUGUAAAAUAGUGUUAUUUUUUACAGUUAUUAGGUUGGAUGGUUUUAACCUAUUUAUAUUGUAAUUGUAAUAACAUUCCUUUGAUUUAAGUAAUAUAAUAUAUAUUAUCAUAUAAAAACAGAAAUCUGAUUUGUUCUUUAUGUAUUUAUAAAUACUAAUUACUCAAUAUUUGUGUAGUAACAAUAUGGAACAAAUAACUAUAAGUUACUUACAACAAAUGUAACGGAAGAAUAAUUAAAAUAUUAAGCACUUAGAUUAAGGAUUGGUCUCCGCUGCGAUGCAACUAGAUACCGCACUACCUAACUACAAUAGCUUUUUUAUAACGGAAACUAUUUGAUGCUCGUGUGCGUGGCAUCUUGACACUCAAUGGCAUCUUUCAAAUUUUGUAACAUACGCUUCGCGUUAUUUUACAUUUAAAUUAAUAAAAUACAAAAUACUUACUGAUGAUAUGUGAUAAGUGUCUUUCUUAUUUCUUGUAGUAUUAUUUUUACAAAGUUUUAGAACACAACCCGACAUAUUAGUGUCAUUUAUUAGCAAAAUGUUAACAGAACAUGCGGUACGUCAACGUCACUGUACACUGUUCGAGACUGGCUUCGAGGUGGAGCGCAGCGGAGAGAAAUCCUUAAUAUAUGGUUUUCAACCAUUUUUUCUUAUCAUUCAAAUAAAAAUACAUUUGUGAAUAGCUUCUAACCCACAAUUACGCAUAUACUCAGAAAUAUACCUCUUAUUUAUAUAAUAAAAACUUGUCAUAUAUAAUAUGUUACCUAUUGCUGUAUUUGUUAAUACAAUAUGUAAAUAAUAAAAUAGCACAUCAUUACGUGAUACAAUAAGGCCGCUUAUACUUUGCACUAAAUUUAAUAUCAAACGUAUAGUACAUAAGUCUAUCAAAUAUAUAUUAAAGUUACUCUCUUAACUCUAUGAGAUAACGUCACAGAAAUUUGAAGCUAUGACAUUAACGCGUUGUUGUAAAAAUGUACAUAUGCCAGAAUUUUUUCCUAUUUAUGUUAACUUUCACCCAACAACUCUAUAAAUAUGUACGCCAAAACCAUAGAAUUACAAUAUAAAGCGUGCAAAUAGAAGAAAAAAGCGAGACAGAAAAUACUGAUUUUGAUUGAUAAAUCGUAAAAAGUCAGCCACGCUUGGAAUUAGCCCUUUAGUAUUUUGAAUAUUUAACUAGCUAAAGCACACAUUGACAAAUGAAAUUUUGUUACGCAGUAUCGGCCGUCAGGUUGUCUAUUCGCUUAUAUAUUUUAACUCUAUGGCUAGAAACGAUACAGUUUUUAGUGUCAAAAAAGACGCUGUCUAGUAUGCAAGUACAAAAAAUAUGUCAGGCGAAAAUAUCGUCAAAAUUUAUAUUAUUCAAAUACUCCAUCUAAAAAUCUUAGGGUAACUCUUUAAAGAGACUUAAAAACACAUUCCUCGCACAAAGUAAUAUUCCAAACCUUUCCAUAUCCUAUUAUUAUUAAAAUAACGUUUCGUUUUUAGUUAUUAAUACUGUUAAACGGUUUAUAUAAUAUACAUUAUUUCUCGCUGUUCUAGAAUUAUUAGUGUAAAUGACAAGUUGUCUUGAUUAAGUACAAUGUUUUAAAUUUAACUGUAUAUAGUGUAAAGUAUGUAAACAAUUCCAAAGAUUAUGUGCAAUGGUGUCAUUAUUAGUUAAGGGUUAUCACUUCAAUAAAUUGUAAUUAAAUCAAU